GAGAGAGAGAGAGAGAGAGAGCUGCACUGAGACAGGGGGAGAUAGACAGAAAGGGGGAGACGGGCGGGGGAGAGCUGCUCUGCGGGCUGUUUUCACGCCUCCUGCUGCCUUCCUUUGAGUUUUGCGGACUGUUUCGGAGCCUGCAGCCAGCUGAGAGUGUGAGUGACCCCGGGCUGAGUCGCCGCUGCUGUCCGCCACGCAUGGCUCCGGAUCGGCUGGGAACUUCUCCGUAGAACCGUGCGGGUCUGGUGCGUUUUUGGAAGAGCAGGAGACCGGGGGGAGGAGGGGGCUGCUAGCUGGAUUAUUACACACACUACACACACACACACACUGCCCACACACACACAAAGCCCAGAGGACUAACCCCCGGGCCUGGCUGCGGGUCGCGCUUUUACGCAGCGUCUUUUUCUACGCUUCUUGAACUCGUCUUUUAAAUGCUGGAGAAGGAUCCGGGGGACGACAGGAGGACACCCGGCGGCGCAGCAGCGACCGUCUCCGACUGAAAGGGAAUAUGUGGCUCUCCUGGCUGACUUGUGCACUUCUGCUGGGAACUUUAUGUGCAGGACUCAGCGAUGGCGAGGCCGACACUGCCGAGUGUCUUUACUACAACGUCAACUACGAGAUCGAGAAGACCAACCAGAGCGGCGUGGAGCGCUGCGAGGGGGAAAAGGAUAAACGCUCGCACUGCUACGCCUCCUGGAGAAACAACUCGGGCUCCAUCGAGCUGGUUAAGAAAGGAUGCUGGCUGGACGACUUCAACUGCUACGACCGGCAGGAGUGUGUGGCCACAGAGGAGAGUCCUCAGGUCUUCUUCUGCUGCUGUGAAGGAAACUUUUGCAACGAGAGGUUCACACACCUGCCGGACGCCACCGGUCCACUGAUUAAAGCCCCGCCCAGCGUUGGCGUGCUAAAUGUGAUGGUGUACUGCCUGCUUCCUGUUACCAUGCUGUCAGUUGUUUUGCUCACUGCUGUAUGGAUGUACCGCCACCGGAAACCUCCCUACGGACAUGUAGACAUCACUGAGGAUCCCGGUCCUCCUCCAGCCUCCCCCCUGCUGUGUCUGAAACCUCUGCAGUUGCUUGAGGUGAAAGCCAGGGGGCGCUUCGGCUGCGUCUGGAAGGCCCAGAUGAUGAAUGAACAGGUGGCCGUGAAGAUCUUCCCCAUUCAGAAUAAGGACUCAUGGCAGAACGAGAGAGACAUUUUCAUGACACCAGGGAUGAGACAUGAGAACCUCCUGAGGUACAUCGGUGCAGAGAAGCGAGGGAGUCACCUGGAGGCCGAACUCUGGCUCAUCACAGAGUUCCACGAGAGGGGCUCUCUGUCAGACUUCCUGAAGGGAAACAUCGUCAGCUGGUCCGAGCUGUGUCACAUAGCCGAGUCGAUGGCGUGCGGCCUGGCUUACCUUCACGAAGACGUCCCACGACAGAAGGGGGAGGGGCCUAAACCGGCCAUCGCUCACAGGGAUUUUAAGAGUAAAAACAUCAUGCUGCGUACAGACCUCACAGCCGUGAUCGGAGACUUUGGUCUUGCCGUUCGCUUUGAGCCGGGGGAGCCACCUGGAGAGACCCAUGGACAGGUGGGGACGAGGCGUUACAUGGCUCCUGAGGUAUUAGAAGGAGCCAUCAACUUCCAGCGAGACGCCUUCCUCCGCAUAGACAUGUAUGCUGUGGGUCUGGUCCUGUGGGAGCUGGUGUCCCGCUGCAAGGCUGUUGAUGGUCCUGUUGAUGAAUACAUGCUGCCGUUUGAGGAGGAAGUUGGUCAGCAUCCGUCACUGGAGGACCUGCAGGAAGAAGUUGUCCACAAGAAGCUGAGACCGGCCUUUAAAGACCUGUGGCUCAAACACAGCGGUCUGGCUCAGAUCUGUGAGACGGCGGAGGAGUGCUGGGAUCACGACGCUGAGGCUCGACUGUCGGCCGGUUGCGUUGAGGAGAGGAUCUCCCAGGCUCGCCGCCUCACCACCAAUAUCGCCCCGCCUACCUCGGACCACAACGUUUCCACUCUGGCUCCUGUUCCCAUGGUAACCAACGUGGACCUACCGCCCAAAGAGUCAAGUAUAUGAGGAUCACGUUAAAAAGAAAAAAAAAACAAAAAACUUUUUUUGCAGGCCUGACGUUCCAAGAGAUUCUCCUCAACUUCGGUUCAUCCUCCCGUGAAAACGACUGAAUUAUCUCAGAAACACACACAUACACUCACAGACUGCACACACACUUCAUCUUUUCUCAGUGGAUUUUACAAACUUAAAGCGGAAAAUGGCGCGAAAGCAGCUGCUUUUCGACCUCUCUGGACUUGUGUUUUUGGACUUGUUACGUUCUCAUUUUUGGAUUGUCUCUCUCUUCGUCCUUUUGGACAAAUAUUACCAGCACACGUCUUCAUUUUCUUCGAGUUUCCUCGAGUCAUUCGUGUCUUUUUUUAACCAAGUAUGUGUGUGUUUUUAAUGAGAACACCAAGCAAACACGCACACACACACACACACACACACACACACACACACACAUUCACAGGAAAACCCAACACUGAAACGCAUUCAGGUCCCGACUCAGUGAAUGCUCUUUUAUCUCCAGGUACCUCAGCGAUGACUUUCAUUACUUUCGCCAAUUUUUUAAACCAUUUUUAUCGUGCAUUCUUACAUCUGCUGUCUUCUUCUAUUCCUUCAAAUCUGGACUUUUCUACCUACCUGGCAACUUUGCAACCAUGUCAGCAAGCAACCACCUCAAUCCGCCCACGGAUGGGAUGUUUUUUUUUUUUUUUUUUUUUUUACUACGAUGCUGCAAAACCCGUGUAGGAACGCAAUGACUGUUACAAAAACACCAACAGCGAACCUUCAGAUAUCUGUUUUUUUUCUACCUUCUCUUGGACUGUUUUUCUUUCCGAUUAUCCUCCUGAGACCACAUGCUACUUUUCACACAUGACUAACCUUCGGAUCCAACGGGUUGCAUCCAAACAGACAGGAAACAGGAAGUGAGGUCAGAAGGAAGGACGGGGAAAAAUAAAACAUACAAGGACUGGUCGUGAUUGUAUGAAGGUUUAUCUCUCUCUUUUUGGUGUUCGACUGUAAAGACUUGAGGUUGACGAUCAAGAGAGGUCCGACGGUUUUUCAGGAAACCAGGAAGUGAACAUCUUGCAUGCAGAGAUUUGAUUGGCUGACUGCGCUCAACCACAGCAUUUUGGUUGGCUCGGGAAUAAAACUUCUCAGGUAACCAGGUCUACAGGGGGAUUGUGACCCGACAUCAGCAGCAGGUUUCCACACAGUCUAGGCAAGGGGCAGGGCCAAUAGCAGAUGGGAGGAGCUUCCCUGAGGGGUCUAACCUAUUGGCUAUCCUGAAUAUGUUAAGGUGCCCAAACAAGGGGAACAAAUGUUACCCUGACAAGGUGCAUGACCUCGAUGCAUACAGUGGUUUAUGCUUUCAGGUCAAUGUGAGAGUGAAUGUGCAAAUGUGUGUGUGAGUGACAGAGAGUGUGUGAGAGAGUGAGAGUGUGUGUGUGUGUGUGUGUGUGUGUGUGUGUAUGUUAGUGAGUGGUACAAUGUGAACACAUAAGUCACAAGAUGUGACACUUUUUCUUUUUUCAAUUUUAAUUUUAUACUGUUUGUGCUAAAUGUUCAAGUUUUCAGUCUGGUUGUUUGUUUUCUAAAGAGGAGGUAAGUGACAGACCUGUGACUCUGAACUUCAACUCUAACGUCGCCCCCUUCUGGUUGAGCUGCAGUACUGCAACAAUCUGGCAAAAACGUAUAAACUGAAUUCUGCACAAAGUGCUCCGUUUUUUUUUUUGUCCUCUAACAGAAAUUGGCUUGCACAUAUACAUUGGCAACAUUUCUGUAUGUGCAGUUGUGAGUUCUCUUUCAGUGAUUGAUAUGGUAGAUGAAUUUCACCUGUCUUAUAAAAUAGAUGUUUUAUAAAACCUUUUUAUACUGUUGAAUAUAAGAUAAAAGUAAUUGCAUUGUUUUAAAACACGUGUCAUCAAAAAGUAAAAAAAAAAAGAUUAUUUUUAAAAGUUAAAUUAUUUUCCAAAAUUAUUCUAAAUAUAGAUUUAUCCGCCACUGAAAAAUAGUCCACAAGUAAAUCCACUCUUCCUUUUGUGGUUUGUUAAAAAUCCACAAAUGUUUAAAAAGUCAUUCAAAGUCUUCGGCCCUCUACUCACUGACCUCCUCUCCUCUCAUUGUCACUCUCUUUUGUCUUUCCUUCAACUGGGACCAAAUCCGGGGCGUCUGUCUGUUGCCUCGGAAACAGUGAGUCCAGUUCAGAAACUCAUGUCAUCCUUAAAAAAAAAAACAACAACACAUUGUUCCCAACAAAAAGAAGCUGAAACAUAAACAAGGAGCAGUGUGUUCUUUUUACAGUUCUUUUUGUUUGUUUGUUGUGUUUUAGUUCCUUCUGUGAUGCCAUACGUGUUAACAGUGAAUGUCGAUGAUGAUGAUGCUGCUGCUGCUGAUGAUGAUGAUGAUGAUGAUGAUGAUGAUGAUGAUUCACAGUCAAAGAUUUCUGUAUAUUCCUUUAUUUUAAGUUCAUUUGACUUGCGGUGCAUUGAACACAUGCAACACUCUGUCUUUGUACGAAGUCAGUGAAGCUAGACGAGGCAUUCGAGGAGCGUCGUGCGUUUCGGCUUCGGGAACGAAUAGUGCAGAAAAAAAAAAAGAAAGAAAAGCUGAAAGAAAAAAUACAAACAAAAAAAACCAAGUUGAAACAAUACUGCUCAUAAACCACAGAUCACCUCAAUACACCAGAAAUACCUCAGAAGACUUUUCUACGUGUUUUUAGUUUCUUUGACGACUUGUAGUCAUGAUAUUUUUUAUUCUUUGUUUUUGUUUCACUCUUUGAAGAGGUUUUUUUUUUUUUUUUUUUUUUCAUAAAAUCUACAAACUGAUUGAAGAUUAAUGCUACCAGGUAACAGCGAGACUCGAAACCUCCGUGUUGUAAAUAGUUAUUAGAGUGUGUUUUUGUUUUUAGACUGAACUGAACUGCCGAUUUCAUUAAAGCACCUGGACUGAG